AUUCUCCCACACCUCAAAUGAGCUCGGUACUGAACUCGAGCAGCGUCGCCACCCCCGCCUCGGUCGCACCAAAGGGUUUGACCCUGCGUGAACUCGUGGAUGUGAUCGAAAGCGAGUUCGAGCGACAAGAGCGGCUUCCCCUCAACAAGAAGGACGACAUUAAGAACGCCCUGGCUGCUUUCAACGUCGACUCGAACGAGCUCAAGCGAUACGCGCACUUUGACCCGUCCCGCAACUACACUCGCAACCUCAUCGCAACCGACAACGCAACGUAUGCGCUGAUGUUGCUGUGCUGGAACAAGGGCAAGUACAGCCCCAUCCACGACCACCCGUCGGACGGAUGUUGGGUCCGGCACAUCCAGGGCACGGUGCACGAAGUCCGGUACUGGAACAACGGCACGUCGUUGGAACAGACGUCGGAGCUGACCAUCUCGGAAGGGGUGACGUACAUGGACGACUCGCUUGGCCUGCACAAGAUCGGCAACCCCAGCGACUCGACGGACGCGAUCACAUUGCACCUGUACGCGCCCCCGUACGACAAAUGUCGAUUGUGGUUCAACCCCACCGACGCCACCAAGUCGUCCACGGCCAUCGCCACGUUUUACUCGGAAUUCGGCGACGUCAACCAGCUAUAGCUUACCUCGUCGUCGUCGAAACUCGACCUUUCUGCCUUUAUGAAUACUAUAUAUAUUAUCCCAGUAACUAUAGUCUUAUAACUUUACAUGCAAAACCACUCCAUGUGUCGACACCC